GUAAUGGUCAGUGUUGGAAGUCAUGAGUGGUUUGUAUUCCGGAGAUACGCAGAAUUUGACAAACUGUACAAUACAUUGAAAAAACAGUUUCCUGCUCUGAAUAUGAAGAUUCCUUCUAAGAGAAUAUUUGGGGACAACUUUGACCCAGAGUUUAUUAAACAGAGAAGAGCAGGGUUACAUGAGUUCAUUCAGAAGAUUGUCUCUCAUCAACAGUUCAGCCACCAUCCUGAUGUCAAAGACUUUCUAUGCAUGGACAAUUCAAAAAACUUCUCUGAUGCAUCAGAGGAUGAAGAUGACAAGAGCAACUCUACCUCUAGAAACAUUAACCUGGGGCCAUCUGCAAAUCCACAGUAGUGCAAAGCCCACUGACUUUGACUUUCUUAAAGUCAUAGGAAAGGGGAGCUUUGGAAAGGUUCUUCUUGCAAAGAGGAAACGGGAUGGGAAGUGUUACGCCAUCAAAGUCUUGCAAAAAAAGGUCAUUUUAAACAAGAGAGAGCAAAAGCACAUUAUGGCUGAGCGUAAUGUGUUGCUGAAGAAUGUUAAACACCCCUUCCUAGUUGGACUGCACUAUUCCUUUCAGACAACAGACAAGUUGUAUUUCGUCCUGGAUUUUGUCAAUGGUGGAGAACUUUUCUUUCACCUCCAAAAAGAGCGAACCUUCCCUGAACCCAGAGCUAAGUUCUACAUUGCUGAGAUGGCGAGUGCUCUGGGUUACCUGCACUCUCUUAACAUAGUUUACAGGGAUUUGAAACCAGAAAAUAUCCUGCUGGACUGUCAAGGACAUAUAGUCUUGACUGACUUUGGACUGUGUAAGGAGGGCAUUUCCCAAGCAGAUACAACCACCACAUUUUGUGGGACACCUGAGUAUCUAGCUCCAGAAGUACUCCGGAAACAACCCUAUGAUAACACAGUGGACUGGUGGUGCCUGGGUUCUGUGCUCUAUGAAAUGCUGCAUGGGCUGCCACCAUUCUACAGCAGGGACACACAUGAGAUGUAUGACAAUAUUCUUCAUAAGGAGCUGAUAAUGCGCCCUGGGGCUUCCACCGCUGCCUGGUCCAUCCUUCAGGCCCUACUGGAGAAAGACCACACCGAGAGGCUUGGCUACAAAAAUGACUUUAAUGAAGUCAAAGAGCAUGAAUUUUUCUCUUCAAUCAACUGGGAUGAUCUUGAACUGAAAAAGCUCCAACCCCCAUUCAACCCUAGUGUGGAAUCCCAGUAUGACAUCUCAAACUUUGAUCCAGAGUUUACAGGGGAAACUGUGACAAACUCUGUGUGCUUCUCUUCAGGGCAGUCAAUAGUUAAUGCUAGUGUCAUGGAGGCUGAUGAUGCCUUCCUGGGAUUUUCCUAUGCUCCCCCAUCAGAAGAUUCUUUCCUCUAAGGGUGGCUGUAAAGAAUAAUGGCAAUCCAUAGAAAGCCUCAAGAAAUGGCUUUGCUGUGAUCAGUCUCUGUGAUGAAAGGGAAGAACUGAGUGUGAUGUCCCGUUCAGUGGGGCGGACCCUUAUGUUUAUUAACAGAAGCAGUGCAUGAACCUUUUGGGAAGCAGGGUGUUUCAAACUUUAUUUUUAUGCUUGAAUAACAAAGUUCUAUUUUGUAUAACAUUGAUUGCCUUACCAUGAGAGCUCAGGAGCUGAAGUGUAAUGUUUUCCUCAGAAUUGUUUCCUCUGGAUAAAGUUAUUUGUAUCAAGGAAAAGGGGAUCAUAUUUGUAAACAGAGCAUCCACUUUAUGACACAUUUGUAGUUUUCACCUGGACCUAUACUUGAUUAUAAUAAUGUGCAGUAUUUGACCAGUUGUGCUCUUGUAGUUUAGUUUAUUAUAAGGAAAAACACAUUUAUAUUGUGUCAUGUACAUCAUGUAUUCCCGUUUAUAUUUAAUAUAUAUUAUAUUAUGUAUGUGAUGAAAUUAUAAAAUAGGCAGAACUGUAGGUGUGUGCUGCAAUCAAAAAGAACCGCAUGAGUCCUUUGGUAAUCAAAUAGCUAUAGUACAGUGUAAAUUGAACAUUUGUAGCGAUUGCAUCUUAGUUUGUAAUGAGUUAGACUACUGACAAUGACCCAGAAAUUAACCACUACUUAAUUUGCCUCGUAAUGAUAUGAGGCACCAGUGCCUACUGACAUGAACCUUAAACGAUUACCUGUACAAGUAAAUACGUUUUCUUGAGUCAAUCCGCUUGUUUGAUACGUCUCAUUUGCAUAUAUUUAAGACGUACACGGGCUUCCCGCGCAGCGCUACGUUGUGGAAAUGGAGUCUACUUUCACUUAAAGAAGCGAUAGUAAUGAAUUUAGAUAGACAUGGAUGGUUACGUAAACUCAUGGAAGACCGUAACGCCAUGAAAUUGUUGUUUAUAUAAGACUUAAUAUACAUUAGUAGAGGGUUAUUGAUAAUUUAGGCAUAUUAAAGCGAUCAGUGUCCCCUUUUAAACUUAAUUUUACACUACUUUUUAUGACUAAAGUGUGAACCGAUACACACUUCGAACCAGAGCAAAUUAACACCAUUGAACGUAACAAAAACGCAAAUUUCCAUGACAAUUUUCACAACGAAAAGAAGCUAUUUAAACCUGUCUUUCAGGUUCACAGAAGACUGAGGGCGUGUAUUGAUUCAGUCUUUAUGUAAAUCCUUCAGAUGUGCUUGAAUUGGACACCACUUUGGGAGACUGUACACUUUACACGAUUUAGUAACUACUUAGUAUAUCAAACAAUUGAGUCCAAUUAUUUAAGUAUAGGCCUACAUUUUUUCAGGUUUGUUUUCUGUCUAUAAAAACACUAUUUGACCACAUAGAAACAGAAAGCCAGGUAUAAGAAGACAAGAUGUUAGACAAAAAUUCACUUGGCAAUCAUAUAGAUGACAUAUUGAGACGUAAGUGUACAACAAUAUAUAUAAAAGCAAAAAUAUUUUAGGUUAAUGUUGUUUUAAAGCCAACACACUUUUACCAACUAUAGGUUGGAUCUCUUGAGUUUCCCCGUGGAUAUGGUCCAAUGAGACCUUUAGCUUUAGAGCCAUAAGUCACCAAAUACACACAAAGGGCCAGAUUUUUCUGCUCAGAGAAGUGCCCUUGCUCAAGAGGUAGGUAACUUUUUUACCUUGCUUUUUCAAAAUGCAGGUUUUAUUUGUAACUGUUAACAUAACCUUAAAUGCUUUGGCAAUUCUAUACUUCAAUUGGCAUGCCAAUAAAGCUGAAUUGAAUUGUUAUCCCAUCUGCCAAUUAGUCCAAAGGAUAUCAUCACAUCAGUGUUCAUGUACCAGGUGCCACAGAGACUGCUACAAUUAGGAGUGAUUUCUCUGCUCAUCUCCACUGAAAGAUGUGAAAUCUUGUGUUUUAGGUGGUGAGACAAAAUUAAACAAAAUGUAAUUGUACAGAGGAAACUACUUAUCUGAAUUUUGAAUUGCAAAGUUAAGGAAAAAAUACUUCAAAUGUUUAAAUGUGUAGAAUGUUUCAAUGUAAGAUGUAGGCCUAUACAGUUUUUUAUUCACAGAUAAACAGCUUGUUGAGCUCAUUCAUGUGAGAGCGGUGAAUAUUUUGGGAGUUCGUUAGGUUUCCUCAAGAUAUCAAUGUCACCAUUUUUUUUGCAAUGUGGGCCUAAAUACAAUUUUGUUUCUCAAAUUGUUCCCCCUUUUCCUUCUCAUGGUAUUUCCAUCAGUCUUUACCUUUAAACCAGCCAUUAAGAAAUAGUGAGUUUUCAUGCCUGAUUAAUCUGGCUUUCAUAGUCUUGAUAGAGAGCAAAAAGUAAAUAAACUGUUGAAACACAUCCAGUCAGUGUUAGAUUGGGUGUUCCUGUCUCCUGCAAUAAAAUUCCACGAUUCACCAACUUGAGAGGCUGUAGACUCUCUGGCCUAUAUUAGCAUAUUCUGUUGACCUAGUAUUAGUCUGGAAUUCAAUACACCAGUCUCCAGUUACUGAACAUACAUUCUAAUAAAUGUAAGUUACACUCAUUAGCUAGUACAAGCUAUAGUGGAAUCAUUGUUUAAAAGAGUAUGCAGUGUUUGUCUUGGCAGCCAUGUAGGUGGUGAGCAUGUUUCUUAAAAAAUAAGACCAACCCCCCAACUGUCAUUGUUUUGUUUUUCUUAACAUAACUAGAUUAACUGUGUAACUCCAUGAGAUCUGGCCAUCUAUAGAGUUGUGGGAAUUCCAGCUGUGCAACAGUGGCCCAACAUAACCUGGAGUGUAGAGGCUGGCAGUAUCCAGCCAUGGACUCCAAAUUUAAGGCCUUGUUUUGACUUUGAAGUUACAAAAAAAAAAAAAACAGCCACAUUCACAGCAUGUUAAAGUCAUUCCCUCUUAACUGCUGCUCACAGGCCUCUGUCUGGUUAGCAACACAUUUCAGAACCUGCUGACAGCUUCAGCCUGUUCCCCAUUGAGGUUCACUGCCAUUGUAGCCAACUCAUUUGGUACCCUUGUGAUCCCACCUGGACUCCACAACACACUGAAAUAAGGACUUCUACUUAUUUUGGUGAAGACUGAUGAAAAUCCAGAUACCCCCAACCACCUGGAUAUGCUUGCUCUCACCAGUGACACUAAUCAUUGGUCACAUGUACAUACCACGAUAAGGUCAUCCAGGAUUUGUCUACUAAGAGUAAAGUAUUUUCCGUUUUACUGUACAAGUCAUGCCACCUCACUAAAGUAUCAUUUAUAUUGAGUGUUUAUUCAUUUACAGGUUGAUAAGAUAUAGCUUGGGAUUGGCCCAACGUGGAAUUCAUCACACUGACAGAAGAGCUUUUGGCAUAUCUGUCUCAAGAUGAGUAUAGGUACCACCAACAUCCAUUCCGGUUCAGCUCUGUUGGCAACUGGAGGAUUCUGUCUGCUGGGAGACCUCACAUGCCACAAGAGACAAGAUGGACAUGCUUCAAUCCAGUGGAAAUCCUCUUCAGCUCGCAGAGGCGUUUGGACUAGUGAUCCAGUGUUGCGAAUCAGAUGAUCACCCACUCCUGUCCAAGACAGUGCACACCUUAAGACAUCUACCCAGGAGUGCCCCUUUAUCCAGACUACAAUGUGGUGCAUCAACCUAUGAAAAAAUGCUUGGGCUGCUGUUUCUUUAGUAACAGUUGUUGUUUAAAUAGAUCUGAGAUUUAACGUGCUGUACAGUACAUAAUAUGGUUAGACUAUAUUACAAACAUUACAAAAUAUUUUAUAUUACACAACAGGCUGUGCUUGACGUCAAAGCCAUGUUUUUUUCCAUGAUUGCCCAUAUUUUCCUUUGCUCUGGGCUCAUGCAAGGGACUUGAAGGUGGCCAUGAGUCCUGAGGCUGAAAGAAUGAUCCUGACACAAAUCUGACAUCUAAAAUGUGUUAACUCUUUUCAGAGUGUUAUCUGACUGAACCACUAGAUGGCACAGUUAUAUAAUGGAAGCCAACAGUUAAGCACCUUCCAACUUUUCCAAAGAAUAUUCAACUAACCUUUUUAGUUUCUAGGUUUUUUCUAUACAACAGAUGUUUUGUCAGAGUAUAUUUAGAGAUAAUCAUCAGGCUGUAUUGUUGAAAAACUAGCAAGCUUUAACACAUAGGUUGCCUGUUCUCAUCUAAAUAAACGCAGUAUGUAUCUGGGAUUGAAGUAGAAAAAUCUGAAAACUAAAGAGUAAUUUGUUGCAUCACUUCAUAAAAGGAAAGCAUAACCUGAUUCUGAUUAUUGUGAUGGGUUACACCCAACACUUAUAGCAGCUCUAUAUGUGCUUUGCCGUGCCACUUAGGGUGCUUUCACACUUUGUUUGAUUGCUUGGACCGAACCAGAGUUAGUUUCCUUCCCCUGCCAAAUUUUACUUUCAUAUUUUCUGGGUCCAAACUGCAGUCCGAUUACAUCAGCAACGUGAGUACAAGCGCAGCUGUUUACUACUGUAACUAGGCAACAACUCAAGAAGACAUCAGCUUUGCUGUGUUACUGAAGCAUUCAUCUCUUUGGAUUUACCACCAAAACUUUACAUGCACAAAAUGACAAUUAUUUUUGUCCAUGAAUGCAAUGAAUGUUAGUUUUUGUCAAGCAGUUCUUCAAUUCGAGGCAUGGGGUAUGCGUCGAAUUUAGACACAGCGUAAACUUCUAUAGUCCACACAAAACCGGACCGACCCGUCAAUCUUAGUACCAAAACCAGGGGGCUGGCCCAAUCACUGUGGGACUCCUCGUUUACCCCCAUAUCAAGCAUGGCCUCGAGUUCUUCCCGGACCACUUUUUUCUUGUGUUCCAGUAACUAAUAGGGGUGGGAAUGUACCACAAUGUGGUGUUCUAUGAUGUUGGUACAACUGGGAAGAGGUGAAAACACAUUCGAAAAACUCCUUUUGCAACCUGGCAACCUCACUGACUUGGGACAGUGAGAGGUCAUCUCCACAGGGCACCAGGGUGGUUUGAUGAGCGUUUUUUGAUUCCACCUCCGGUCCUAACUCAACUCUCUCUGGGAUGACCUUCGCUAAAGCCACGAGUACCACCUCUCUCCCCAGUUUUAAGAGAUUCAGAUGGUUAAUGUGCUAUGCUCCACCUCUAUCAGCUUGUCUUGCCUCAUAGUUGACUUCCCCAACUCUCCAUGUGACCUCAUAGGGCCCUUGCCACUUGGAUAAUAAUUUAGAGCUUGAUGUGGGUAAAUUGCCCCAAUGUGUGGAGUUUUGCUCUCAGGUAAAAAUGUAUUGCAUUUCAUUCUUACUCUCUGAAGGUCCCUCCCAAUUUUCCCCCAGAACAUUGUGGCCAUGAAGUAAUUAUAUGGGGGAAAACCUAGUGGAGGCUUGUGAGACCUCUCAUACUGCAAAUAACAGGGGUUCUAGCAACCUAUACCAAUUUCUCCCGUCUUCCAUGUACAAACUUUCAAACCAUAUUUUUAAGGGUCUGAUUAAAUCAUUCGACCAGGCCAUCCAUCAGAGGAGGAUAAAUGCUGGUGUGGAUCAACUUAAUCACCAAUAGUUAAUGACGUUUGCGAUAAAGCACAUAACUGGUAAUCUGGUAAUCUGGUUAUCAGAAGGACGUUGGUUCGAGCCCCACAGCCACCACCAUUGUGUCCUUGAGCAAGGCACUUAACUCCAGGUUGCUCCGGGGGGAUUGUCCCUGUAAUAAGGGCUCUGUAAGUCGCUUUGGAUAAAAGCGUCUGCCAAAUGCAUAAAUGUAAAUGUAAAUGUAAAUGUAAAUGUAUUCCAGCAAUGCCGGAAGGUGGCACUGGACCCAUUCGGCUGUUCCCUUCAGCGCGGUUGACUAACUGCUCCAGCACCACCAAGUAGACAAUUUCACUGGUGCCAUGGUCCUCAGCCAUCAACCACCUCCGACAUGUGUUACAGAGCUGUUGGGCAAAGGAAAAUGGGCUGCAGAACUCACUGAAUAUCAGUGCCCGGAAGCGCUGAUGGUGAUGUUUGGGGCCCGUUGCAGGAUGGCUCUUUUCAGGUCCGAGUGCUCCAGCAGACACACGACAGGUAGCCGUUGUGUCACAAGCUGAGCUUCCCCCGACAAAAACGGCAACAGAUGGACCGCACUGUGCUCAGGACCACCCUGACCCUUCCGCGGCAUGCUUGAAAAGCUCUUUGAAGGUCCUGUGGUCCCAUUUUCGCCAGCGUGAUAUGAGGCACAGCAGGCGGGGUCGGGGUCCCUGCUGGAGUACCCCCCUGUGUCAGCAAGCUCUGGAUAAUCUGCCGGUCCUCCACCAGUACUUGUAACAUGGCCUGAAACUGUUGAAAUGCAAACACAGUCUUGCUGCUCCGACCUGAUGUUGCAUCUGGUGGAUGUCGGCGAGGGUUCGGACGAUCUUGGCCAGCAGCGCUGAUUCCAUGAUGGUGAUCUCCCUCCUUCCUGGCUUUCGGCACCACUGUAACAAAGCCCAUGGUUCCAGGGAAAGAGUAAACAGGAGACUGUGUACUUGAUUCAAAUAAUAUUUCUUAAUUGUUCUUUUUAUUUGCUUUUCAGCGGAACACCACUUUAAACAAACACUGCUCUGAAGCUCAGCUCUCUAUCUCGUCUGCCGCAGUCUCCUCCACUUUUAUCUCCAACUCAGAGCUCAUUGGGAAUAAAAAACAGGUGUUGGCACAGGUGUAAAUCCUUAACCACUCAGCUUUCCCGGACCUCACUCUCCACAGAUCAGCUCAUGAUCACACCUCUGCCUCCACAUUUCCGUGUGCCGUUUAAUGGAUUAAGAGAAAGUGGUUUAAUACACCUAGGUUUCUAUGAGAACGUGGCUUAAUGUGGUCAUGUAAAUGAAUAAGCGGCCUUCUGAUGAGUGUUUGUAGAGUGCACAUUUGUGACAGACCAGGAUAACGAAUGUCAUAGGAUGGAGCCAAACAACAUGUCAACACAGCGGAAAGAAAUCAACAUUUCUGGGAUUAUAGAGAGAAAAAAACUGCACUAUAAAUUAUACUCAUUUAUACACGCAAAUGUAAAUAUCAACUGUCCUAAUGUCGGCAUAUAUGUGCUGGCACAUUGUUUUAUGUAAGAGGAAAACCACACUACUGCGCUGCAAUUCAUCAGUAAGUUAAGAAAACAAACACAGAAACAACUCUGGAAUAUCGGAAAUAAAGCAAAUCAAUGGAGAGUAAAAUAGUCUUCCUCAUGCCAUGCAUAUAAGAUAGUCUUCCUCAUACACAUCCAUCGCAGGAAAAUUACAUUGCUGUGGAGAAUGCUGCCUACUGAUGGAGCCACAUGUAUACAAGUGGAAACAGGCAUGUGAUCGGCUAAGCACAAAAAAGCAGGAAAAUGUACAGAGUAGAGCCCGACCGAUAUACGAUUUUUGAGACCGAUGCAGAUACGAUUUUAGAGGAGGGAAAUUCACAGAUUAUUGAUAUGGUGACCGAUACAGCUCAUUUUUAAUCUGGAAUGAAAACAGACAAUUCUGGCACCAAUAUGACUAUGCAAAGGUACUCAGAAGGCUGCUUUCUUUAAUAAAUAUUUUUAUCAAAAAAUAUCGGACAUUAUUAUUAUACAUUGUCAACCAAUUCUAGAAAUGAACACUGAGAAAAUAAAUAAUAAAUAAUAAUACAAUAAAUAGCUAAAACAUCAGUACUGUAUGUUUUGUAUCUGUCAAUGGCUGACCAUUCAAAUAAAGAAUAAAUUAAAAUUAUAGCUAAAUAAAAAUCUGUACUGUAUGUUUAGUAUCAGUCAGUUGCUGACCAUUAAAAUAAAGGAUCAAUAAAAAUAAAUUUUAUUUAUUUAAAAAUAAAUUAAAGACCCACUUAUUUUUAAAUGCUUUUUCUUAAAACAUAUCCUGUUUUGUUGUCACCAAUUGUUCUUAAUUUUGUUAUUAAGUGUUUUAAUCUAUUUUUAUUGUUUGUUUUUUACCUGUGCACCUGUAGCACUUUGAGAUAUGUUCCUUCAUGUGUAAAGUACAUUACAAAUAAAAUUUAUUAUUAUUAUUAUUAUUAUUAUUAAUAAAUAGUUAAGCAUCAGUAGUACUGUUUUGUUAUCAAUCAAAUGCUGACUAUUUUAAUACUGCCAGUCAAUUAGGGGCUGGUUGUAAAACAAGAAGCAUUUACACCUGCCGAGUCAAGAUAUAAACAGCGGCAGCGGUGUUACACCAUAUUCUGCAAUACAAGUUCAGGGGAAACUUUCAAUGGUGGAAAACCAGACUUUUAAAUAUUACAUUUUGUAAAUGCAAUGACUGGAAUCGUUCGGUUGAAGGGGGUACCAAACUGCGAAUCCUGAACAUAAACAGUUUGAUGAAUAAAUGUUUACACUAGCUUUCAGUCAGCUGACUUACCUAUAAGCUCGUUGUCACGGAGAGUAAAAGAUGGACCAGCAUCGCAUCUCACCAACUAGGUAACAAUGUAGCAUGAAAUAAACACUCAACAGACACAACCCACGACCGCACCAUUGUCUGCUGAGCUGCAAAAAGAUGCUGUGAUGUUUACCUUUCAAUCUGCUGCAUUAAUGUGGCAGGGCGGAGGGCAGGGCCGGGUCGUGAUAGUACACACCCGGUCCCGUAUUAGGCUAAUCAAGCCUCCCGAGAGGAAUAAAGGUCGACUGCAGAGGAUCGUGCGGGAGAGAGAGAUAGUUUACAGACAUGUCCGUCGUGUGUGUGUGUUUGUCUUUUGUUUAAGUUUUAUAUUAAACUAUUAUUUAUAUUAACAAGCCGGUUCUCGCCUCCUCCUUUCCAUUGAUCUCUUUACAAUUACUUACAGCACUGACAAACUAUAGCUGGCUAAACAUGGGUGACAUAGUUGUCAGGGACAGGGUUAACAUUAUAUUAGUUAUAUUGAAAAGGGAAAAUGAUAGGAUCAUAAUUUAUUAUGUAUUUCACAAACUAGUAAGCAACUUAUCAAGAAGACACCACUUAACACUGCA